UCAUAGACACUGUGAUAGUCCUUGUCAUUAGCAGAUGACUCGUUCAUCUUUUCUGCUUCAUUCCAGCUGGUUCUGAGAGCAGAAUGAAAAAUUACUGUGGCAGGGAGCUCAUUUCCUGAUAAAUUACAAAAUGAAAAAAAGACAACCCAAGAUCCCGAGAGCACUUGCAGUGGAACAUAGUGAACAUUUAUUGAAAGGCUGGCCAUGCUAGACACUGUUCUGAGUCCUGUACAUAUAUUUUCAAUCCUCACAAAAAUCCUAUAAGGGGUGCAGGCAUGGAUGGGAAGAAAUGCAGCGUCUGGAUGUUUCUACCUCUUGUGUUCACUUUGUUUACCACAGCCGGGUUGUGGAUAGUAUACUUCAUAGCUGUGGAAGAUGACAAAAUUUUACCAUUAAAUUCAGCUGAAAGGAAACCUGGUGCGAAGCAUGCGCCAUAUAUAAGUAUUGCAGGUGACGACCCUCCCGCCAGCUGUGUGUUUAGUCAAGUUAUGAACAUGGCAGCCUUCCUAGCCCUUGUGGUAGCUGUUCUGCGCUUCAUACAACUGAAACCAAAGGUUCUAAACCCGUGGCUGAAUAUUAGUGGAUUGGUGGCGCUGUGCCUGGCUUCCUUUGGAAUGACCUUACUUGGUAAUUUUCAGCUCACUAGCGAUGAAGAAAUCCACAACGUUGGAACUUCCUUGACCUUUGGAUUUGGCACGUUGACCUGCUGGAUCCAGGCUGCGCUGACACUCAAAGUCAACAUCAAGAACGAAGGACGGAAAGUUGGAAUUCCACGAGUUAUUCUGUCAGCCUCGAUCACUCUCUGUGUGGUCCUCUACUUCAUCCUCAUGGCUCAGAACAUCCACAUGUACGCGGCCAGGGUGCAGUGGGGCCUGGUCAUGUGCUUCCUGUCUUACUUCGGCACCUUUGCAGUGGAGUUCCGGCACUACCGCUACGAGAUCGUGUGCUCCGAGUACCAGGAGAACUUCCUGAGCUUCUCGGAAAGCCUCUCGGAAGCCUCCGAGUAUCAGACCGACCAGGUGUGACCCGUCGGUUUGCCCUCGCCGGUGAGGUGGGUGUGAGGGCGGGGGAGGGGCUGGAGGACACACUCACAGGGAUGGACGCGUGACCUCAUGACACAUUUUUACACACACACGUUCACGGCCACAUCUGCCAGACGAGCUUUUCAGGGCGAGUUAUUUCUUUAAUGAAAAGCAGAAGCCCUCACGUGUCGAAACACAUGCUGUCACUCUGAACCCCUAUGCACGACAGAGCAAGAAGCGUGUGCAUGAUCACCUCUCUCCUCCCUCCCUCCGCCAGUCCUCCCUGCUCUCCUCCCUCCCUCCGCGUUUCCAAGGCCGUGACCACCCUGCCAUGGAGCAGGGCAGGCCCAGCGCUUCCUGGGACUAAUGCCAACUCCCCAAGUUGCCUUCAGGUCCAAAGGGCUUGGAACGAGCCUGCGAGGGAUUUCUGAAGCUGGCGCUCAUAUUCCUGGAAAGAUCGCAGCACAGCCCCUAACUGGAUGGAAGCCGUACUGCAACGUGUGACCCCGUGCAAAGGCGUGGACCGAACUUUCCCACGAAAGCUCCCUUGCCCGUUGGUCGGCCAUGUGGCUCCCAGGAGAGGAACACGCUACAGCCUGUGUGAGUGAAGCCACCACCGUGGUUUGGCCUUGAUUCACUUGACUGUGAACUGUUUCCAAAUGUGAAUAUUUGUAGGGGCAUCGUCUGCCAGGCACGGAACAAGCUGGGGACAGGGAGGGUAUGGUUUCGUUUUUGCUUCCGUGGUAUGCCAUGUACAGUUUUUGUUUUAUAUUUCAGGGUUUACCUUUUUAUUUUUCUUGAAGUAACUCUAAUGCCCUGCGUCUCUCUAGUCCUCAGGGACAAAGACGACACAGACCAAAUGCAAGGGCUGAGCUUGCAUUGGGUUCAGCCGGGAUCGGGGGUCACCUGCAGGCUCAUUGUGCUGCUUUUAUGUGUGAGGCUAAGACAAUAGUCACAGGAAAGUACGAAGAAACAGGACCGGGCGGAGGUACUCGAAAGAGUUCCUGCUGCCUCUUCAGGAAAGAAAAGAGUUUUAGAGCAUCUUGCUGAAGUUCAACUCAAGGGACACUUUUGUAGUAUUUAUCUAUUGCCCAAAUCUAGGGUUUUUGUUUUUGAUUAAGGGUUUUUCAAAUUUGGAACUUGUAGAAUACCCUUCCCAAAAACCAAAUUGAUGGAGGUGGUCCCUACUGCCAAACACGUAGUUCCCACCUGCUCAGAGUUCAGAGCUCAGACGGUGGGUGUGGGCUUUGGAAGUUACGCUCCGUGACACAGAGUAGAAUUCCAAAUUGAAAAUGUGUCGGAGUGAGCCCAGUUGACAGACCCCCUCCACGAGUGCACUUUGUCUCAAGAAAUCCCCAGAUUUACUUCAUGGAGGCCUGGGAUUUCAUGGACUAUAAUGUGAAAACCAUUUUUUAACUCACCCCAAAGUCUGAGCUUCUUGAGGGAGGGGUCAAUGUCUUUUCAUCUCUGUAUUUGUCCCCACCUACUAGCACAGUGCCUGGCACAUACUAGGUGCUCAAUAAAUGCCUGUUGAAUAGCAUCAGUGACAAUUUAAGAGUAGGACGGAGGGGUGUCAGAGAGAGACUCCAGGAUGAGUGAGACAGGUUGGAAGGGGGCGGUUUCACGAGACAGGACUGCAGAAAUCACGGCUGGCGUGAGAUCGGCAGUGGGAACACCUGGAAGGUUGAAAUGGGAGGAAAAGAUCAAGCUGAGCAUAUUCUCCUAUUAAAAGGCAUCUUAUUGUAAAUAGUCUAAGGUGACAUUUAUUAGUUUUGAACACUGCUUUUGGGUUUCUUUUUUCAUUUUUAUAUUUUAAAAAUUUUAUGAAAGGACAACGAUUUAUGCAGUUUUCUUUUACUCUGCACAAUCCAAAUGAAACAGCUUUUGGUGACGCAAUCAUACACUUUCUUAAGAGUCAAUCUAAUAGCACAUUUUAGCAGAAUCAAGCAAUGACUGACAUUAUUCAUUGGGAUCUGGCCACUAAAUAAAUUCUUUUAUGCA